GCGUUACUCGUGCAUUGACUACAUUUUCAUCCAACAAGAGGGACUCACACAUCUACAAAAAGCCGACAUUAGACCGACCCCGUGGGCGGACCACAGCGAAACCUCCAUACACCUAGACUCCCCCAUUUUCAAGCCCACCAGAACGUCAUGGAGAAUGAAUGAAUCGCUUCUCCUGGACGUGGUAAUCCAAUCGCAACUGACCGUACAUCUGAACCAAUACUUCGAAAGAGAACGCAACUGCUGA